AUGACCAGCCGACAUGUCCACCUCCACUCCCCAUACGCCCGGGCCCUCCAGACGCAAGCGAACGUGAAGACGGCUGAGCAAGGCGACCCGCUGCCAUGUCCCUACUGCACCUCUCACCGAAGGCUAUUCCCCGAUGUAGACCAACUCUUCACCCACGUCACCCUUGAACACGCGUCGAUUCUUCAGAAUAUGACCCCUAGCCGCUCACGUGAGUACCUGAGGGACGAGGCUCUGAGGAUCAAGCUGGCAACAGAGAGGUCUUCCGAAGCCACUGCAGGCGGUGGCUCCACCCUCGACAUCGGGACCUUAUCCCUUCUUGAUGCUGCCAGGGCAUCGAUGCCAUCCUCGGCAAGGAAGAGGCCAGCUGACACGGAAUUCCAAGCUCGGAGAGGGAAAAUCCAGGGUCCUACACUCAUCUACGAUCCCGACCACCACCAUCCAGACGAUCUCGCAGCUCUAGUGUCCGUAACGGCGACUACGAAUCAAAAGUCAGCCGAGCGUCUCCGCUUCAGCCCCAGGCACAGUUCCAGAGGCACCAACUCGCCCUAUCGGUCGACCCCUGAGCCCAAGAUCCAAAGUCAGCACCCCUCAAGCUAUGCUCCUCCAACUCACACGUCCAUUGACAAGACGCAAAACACCCCCAGCCCCAGUCAACAGCUCUCCGAUGUCCGGAAGUAUGACCCUCGCUAUCCGGAUCUCUUGCUCCAACCGGACUCACGUCCCAUCUCUCAAGAGCAACUGGCCGCCGAGGUGAAAAGCAUAUAUGCAGGCCUGACCAUGGUCGAAACGAAAUGCAUACAUGUUGACCGAACCCAGGCUGCUGACAAGGACGGCGAAAUCUCUCAAGAUCACUGGCAGGCGCUUAUUGCUCUGCACAGAACCCUCCUGCACGAGCAUCAUGACUUCUUUUUGGCGAGCCAACACCCCUCGGCUUCACCCGCAUUGCGUCGCCUGGCCGAGAAGUAUCAAAUGCCGGCGCGGAUGUGGAGGCAUGGCAUCUAUUCCUUCCUCGAGUUACUCCGCCAUAGGCUACCGGAAAGUAUGGAUUAUAUGCUGGCCUUUAUCUAUCUAGCCUAUCAGAUGACAGCCCUACUCUAUGAAACUGUGCCAGCGUUCGGAGAUACGUGGAUCGAAUGCCUAGGAGAUCUCGGCCGCUACCGCAUGGCCGUAGAAGAGGAUCCCCGCGAUCGAGAAAUUUGGGCAGGUGUCGCUAGGUCGUGGUACAGCAAAACUUCCGACCGGAUUCCCAACGUUGGCAGGCUAUACCAUCACCUGGCGAUUCUAGCCAGACCCGUGGUGCUCCCCCAACUAUACUAUUAUGCGAGGUCCUUAACUUGCCUACAGCCAUUCGCAAGUGCCAGAGAGUCGAUACUCAAAUUGUUAGACCCGGUGUUGGCCAUUGCAGCCUCUGGCCAGCAAGUGCUACAUAUCGACACCAACUUCAUUCGGACACACGCAAUUCUCUUCAAGAGGUUGAAACCCGAAGAUUUCGAGCACGCACGCGUCACAUUUCUGGGCCAGCUGGACAGUGAGAUUGGACGUGUCACUGCUAAAUGGAGAGAGAAGGGCGUGCAUAUUGCUGUGACCAAUAUUGCUGGACUAUUCGACUAUGGGAUCCAUGACUCGAUUCUACGCCAGAUCUUCCUCAUCCAUCUUCGAAAGGUGCUUCAGAGCCGGUCCCAGAGUCGGUCGUCCACUCCUUCUGACGAGAGCGAGGAAAACAGUCACAUUUCUGCAGAACAAGCCUCGAUGAAACCUUCCCUUCCGGAGUCGGAAAUUUCGUCCAAGUUGGACACUCUUUCAAGCGAUUUCACCUUCUCUGGAGCGUACCUUUUGCUCACGUCGACGUUCUCCGCCGUCCUCAGAAGGGUCGAUGAUAAAAAUGUCUUGCCUUUUGUCCACGUCAUGCUAGCUUUCUUUUCAAGUAUUGCUGCCAUCCCCCAGGCUGCACACCUGGCGGAUCACGCCCCUUGGUCGGAGAUUGCUUCUUUCUUAAACGCUUUGGUCAAGUCCGAGCGCGCUGAACAGCUUGUUGCUGGACCGCUCUUUCCUCCCCUCCAGAGUGAUAACCUCCCUCUUCCAGAUGAUUACUUGAUCCGAGGCCAGCUUUGGUGCCAAUGGUAUUUCCCCGACGACUGGUUUUCGCGCAAGCACGACGAAGAGGACCGCUAUCUGGAGCCCCCGUCAACCGUCAAGGCUAGGGCAGAGCGCGUUCUCCGCCUUGGCUACCACAUCGCGACCCUGCAUCGCUGGAUUUCGUAUGAUUUGCGGUCGCAUACGUUUACAGUCUUUACUGCCGACGAUUCUUCCUGA